GAAACUUCUUUGGAAUAUUCUUUUUUAUCUCAUUAAUAAAUAAUUUUUAUAAAAGGCGAAGGCAUUCAUUUUUUUUCUUUAAAGAGCAUACUUCUUUAAAAUAUUUUAAAUAACCGAUAAAAAUAAUCAAAUUUCAAAAAAAAAAGAAUGUAUCAAGCUAUUAUCUUAGGAUUCAUUCUAAUAAUAACGCUUUACGUUCUAAAGCGUAUGCGUGAACCAAAAUUGAAUAUGCCGCCACUCGUUCGUUAUAAAAUUCCGAUUAUUGGUCAUACUUAUAGUUAUUUGUAUAAUACCGAAGAAUUCCUUAAACAAUGUAGAAAAGAGUACGGAGAUAUCUUUUGUCUUUAUAUAUGGGGUCAAGUGAGAAUAAUUGUUGGAAAAGAACAUUCGCAAGAAGUAUUAUCAAGAGAUGAUGUGUUUGAUUUUUCAGAAGCAUUUGAAAGAAUAUUUCCAGGAGAUGUAAUGCUUAAAACCUUAGAAAGGUUUACAAAUGCAUCAAAAGUACUUAAAGAAUAUAUCUUAAAUAAAAUGAAAUUUUAUAAUGAACGUAUGCAAAAUAGUCUUUAUUCAGCUACCCAAAAACAAAUUGGCGAAUGUGAUGAACCGAAAGUUAUUUAUAAUAUAUAUAAAUUGAUGACUAAAAUUAUUUCUACCCCUAUUGCAAAUAUUUUUGUUGGUGAAGAGGUGUCACAAUAUGAGGAAAUAAUAACUACAUUUGCAGAAUUUACAAGUGAUUCAGCAAUAUUUUUAAUGAUCCCACCAAUCCUCGAUUUUAUUUAUCCAGGACUUCAAAAUUAUAUCAAUCGUAUUAUUAUAAGAUUAGGAUUGUAUAAUCCGGCAGCUAAACACCAAAAUAUAUUAAUUAAACAUCUUAAGAAACAAAUUUGCAAACGUUUACAAGAUAAAGAAAAAUAUGGUGAAUCUUGGAAACGGCCUGAUGAUUUUCUUCAAGAUACUAUGGAAGAAGAUGAUUUUGAUCCUAAUAAUGUUGAUUAUCCAUUUAUAGCAGAUAAGUUAGGCGCAUUCAUUUUUGUAUCAAUUCAUACAACAUCGAGAACCUGUGCGAAUGUUGUUAUUGAUUUAGCAUCUCGACCUGAAUAUAUGCAAGAAUUAUAUGAGGAACAAUUAGAAGUUCAUAAAGAAGCGGAUGAGAAUGGCAUACUUCCUUUUGAAGCUCUUAAUAAUAUGAAGAAAUUAGAUAGUUUUAUUAGAGAAUCAUUAAGGUUAACAGGAUUUAUAACGGGACUUCAACA